UCUAAUUAAGUUUACUGAUUUUAUAUAAAAUAUUAUACACAAUGUUGUGUUACUCGUGCAACGAUGAUAUUUUUGAAGAAGACUCUAUAGAAUGUACUUCCUGCAAUGAGUUUUUUCAUUUUAUGUGUGUGAGUUUGAAAGAGGUAACUUUUCGCAAAAUGUCGAAACUAGCAAAAUCAAAAUGGACCUGCUCUAAGUGCAAGUACAUGGACAAAAAAGAUUCUCCACCACAGAUUAAAACUUUACAAACAAAUAAAAACACCUCUACUGAUAAUAACUUUAUAAAUUUAACUGAAUCAGUAAAUUUCAUGAGUGAUAAAUUUGACAGUUUUGGUGAACAAUUGAAAGAAAUAUUAUCGGAAAUGAAACAAAUGAGGGAGGAGAAUCGAGAGCUAAAAAACCAAAAUAUUAAGUUUAAAAAUGAAAUCACUUUAUUGGGAAAUCGUAUUAAUAUCUUGGAACAGAAGGCUUUGGAUAACUUUAUUGAGGUCAUCGGUAUUCCCGAAAUUCAAAAUGAAGUCUGCGCGGACACAGCAAAAUUAAUUUUGGCUAAAUUGAAUGAAGAAUCGUCGGUGAAAAAGGCUUUUCGGGUUCAAUCUAGAGACUCAAAGAAACCAAGGAAGUUAGUAAUUGAAGUAAACACACCACAAUGCAGUUCCAAAAUCAUAUCUAGUUCAAAAAUCCAAAAACCAAGAGGAAUCACAUUUCAUGAUCAAUGGGGUAACGAGCCAAUAUACGUAAAUAAUUUUUUAACUCUGUAUAAUAGAAAUUUACUGUUUAAAACAAAGGAUUUCGCUCGAGAGGCCGGUUUUAAAUACGUAUGGUUUAAAAACUCAAAAUUAUUUAUAAAGAAAAACGAAAAUCAUAAAGCAGUUCUCAUUGAAAAUGAAUCAUCUUUAUCUUUAUUAUAAAUAAUCUUUU